AACUUGAUAUCUUGGAAUCCUAGUGGAACCUCCUUCUUUGUUUGUAACGCAACUCAAUUUGCACAUGAAGUACUUCCUGAAUAUUUCAAGCAUAGCAAUUUUUCAAGUUUUGUUCGACUUUUGAAUAUGUACGGCUUUCAUAAGAUCAAUAAAUCACCAAGAGGACAGAGAGGGAACAACGAAAAUGAAAUAUGGGAGUUUUCGCAUCCAAAAUUUCAACAUAGUCGUUCAGAUUUGCUAAAGGAUAUUAAGCGUAAA